GGCUUGCGCCCCUCGAGCUGAGAUUCGCGCGAGAUUGUGCGUGCCCCAAAUCUGGUGGUGGUGCUAGACUGGAGGGACAGCCGAGAUUGAGUUCCGCAUGAAUUGGGUUAGCGCCAACAGGGUGCCCUUAGUAAACGUCACCGCGCAACCUCACCUCGCGCUCUUCUCUGAACUUCGAUCAUCAACCACUCAUUUGUUUCCUCUUCUUUCCAUCCGUAGUCUUCAAUUAAGUGAUCGCUGCAGUCGCUUCUUGCUUGCGACUCUUUCUUUGCUUUAAAAUUGACCCUCAAUCCUGAGCACGUGCCAACAUCCGUUAUCAUCUACUACCCUUUGACAACCAUGGCCGAACCAACUGAGAUUCAGAACGCCCCUACUGUUUCCGAAACUCCUAAGCCUGUCGCAGUCGAAGAAAAAAAAGAAGAUGCGUUAAACCAACCAAAUGACAACAGCGAGGCCAAUGGAGCCGAGCAGGCUAAGCCCGCAGAAACAAACGGUCAUACUGAAGAAAACAAGCCUGCUGAGGGAUCUAACCCCGUUGGGGAGACUAAGCCCGCUGAGCAGGAUCCCAAUUCAGCUGCUGCCGACGCCCAGAAACCAUACGAAGACAAGGCAGAGCAACCGGUGACAGGUGAAAAGCGAGAGCACGACUCGAACCCAGCGCCUGCCGAAAAGGACGAUGCCUCUGCCACCGAGAACUCGAGUGAACCUGCCGCCAAAAAGCAAAAGACCGAUGAAGAGCCACCCAAAGCUCAGAACGUCACAUUCACUCAUGCUGGUAAAGAUGACGCUGAGGCCCCAGUCACCAACGGUGAAAAGAAAAAGGCCGGCCGUCCCAAGAAGGCCAAAGACACAACGACAAAGGCGAUUCCCACGGAUGGCAUCGGAAGCAGGACGCGUAGCCGGACUAAGGCGACCUGAUUGACUCUGCUACGGACAAUUUCUUCUGGCUGGGUUUAGUCUGGUACAAAAAGCAAUGGCUAUCUGUCAAUCUCUCGUCUUUGUUGCUCUACCAUAUGGGGGUUAUUUCUGUUGUUAUCUCUGCCAUUUCUCCAACAAGAGCUUAUUUGAUGAUAUCAGCGAGGGAGGCUAUGUCUAAUGAUUAUGUGAAUAUUGAGGCGUGUUUGUAUACUCUGAUAUUUGAGAAAUAGGAGUCAGCUACACUACUCUUGAAUGAAUACAAGAAAUCAAAGAAUUUAUCUCGCAGGGAGUUAGAAUAAAGUUGAGAUAGUUCAUCCAGUACACU